AUGACUUUAAAUAUCACAAUUGAACCUGAGUUACGAGGUGCUAAGCCCGCCAUUAUCAUCACACGAGGGUUAAAUGUAGUAAAUUUUACUAGUUCUCAACACAGCAUUCACCCUAUUCAAAACUU